AUGGCUUCCACGGAGCGACCGGUCUGUCAGAUCUUCUCGUUCCAGGACUGCAAAGCGUCUCCGGACCCGACGCUUGAGCUGCCCGCCCAGAGCCGGACCCCCACACCGGUCCCGAUAGUGAUAGAUAACGGCUCCUUCCAGACCCGGGCCGGCUGGGCCUCAGCGGCCGCGGAGCUGGACUCCCCGCGGCUGCUCUUCAGGUCUGUGGCGGCGCGCAGCAGAGGAGCCGCCCGCAGCGAGACCCAGAUCGGCAACGACAUCCCGAACCUGGAGCCGCUGCGCUGGCUGCUGAAGAGCCAGUUCGACCGCAACGUGGUGGUCAACUUCGAGAUCCAGGAGCUCAUGUUCGACCAUGUGUUCUCACGUCUGGGCAUCAGCUCUGAGGCCGGUGUGGAGCAUCCCGUUGUGCUCACAGAAGCCCCCUGUAACCCGCUGCACUGUCGGCAGAUGAUGUCAGAGCUGCUGUUCGAGUGCUACCGCGUCCCGCACGUCUCCUAUGGCGUGGACGGCUUGUACAGCUUCUACCACAGUAACGCUCACAGUGGCGUCCCUCCAGCCCACACUGGCAUCGUUCUGUCCUCGGGAUACCACUGCUCUCACAUCCUGCCCAUCAUCAACGGCAGGUUUGAUGCGGUGAAUUGUAAACGUGUGAAUGUGGCUGGCAGCCAGGCAGCAUCCUACCUGCAGCGCCUCCUCCAUCUGAAAUACCCGGCUCACCUCGCCGCCAUCACACUCAGCCGUAUGGAAGAAUUGCUGCAUGAACACAGCUACACGGCCGUGGAUUAUCAUGAAGAGUUGGAAAAGUGGCGCAGCCCAGCGUUUUAUGAGCAGGAGGUUCACCGGAUGCAACUUCCCUUCUCGGGUAAGGUGCCCGGUGGAUGUGUGAGCGUGGAGGAGAGGCAGGAGAGACGAGCUCAACAGCUGCGGCGGCUUCAGGAGAUCAAUGCUCGCCGCCGGGAAGAGAAGCUGCAGCAGGACCAGGAGAAGCUGGACAGACUGAUAGCAGUGCAGGAGCUGCUGGACGACGGCCUGUUGGAUCACUUUCACAAGCGCCUUGUGGAGCUCAACAUGGACUCAGCUGAGGAGCUGCAGUCGUACAUCAACAAACUGCAGCUGGCCGUGGAGCAGAGCAGACAGAAGCUGCUGCAUAGUGACGGAGCAGAGGGGAAAAUCGAGGUGUCUGAGCUGGAGCAGCCGAUGGAUGAGGCAGACGGAGUGGCACUGAUGGAUCCUGACUUUCCCGAGGACACGCUGCCAGAAAAACCUGCUAAUGUGGUUCAGCCCAUGUUCAGCGCCGCGGAGUACCAUCAGCUGUUUGUGGGGACGGAGCGUCUGCGGUGCCCAGAGAUAAUGUUCCAGCCUUCGCUGACCGGAGAGGACCAGAUGGGACUGAUGGAGACACUGCAGUACGUCCUGGCCAGGUAUACUCCAGAGCAGCAGGAGGCGCUGGUGAGCAAUGUGUUUCUAACAGGUGGGAACAUGCAGUACCCAGGGAUGAAGGAGCGAGUAGAGCGAGAACUGCUGGCGAUGAGACCCUUCCAGUCACAAUUCAAGGUGACCAUGGCGUCGCAGCCGGCCCUGGGCGCCUGGUAUGGGGCAAGAGACUGGGCCUUGGAGCAUCCACCCGGAGCAGGAGCUGCAGAUGGAUGGAUCAGCAGACAGGAGUACGAGGAGAAAGGAGGCGAGUAUCUGAGCGAGCACUGUGCCUCCAACGUCUUCGUUCCCAUGAAGAUCGUCAAGCCGCUUCCCGCUCGCCCCGCCGAGCCCGCCAUGACCACGCCAGUUUCAACAGGAGCUUCUACCACUGUCUCCACGCUUUCGCCUGUCCUGACUCAAUCAUGUUCUACCGUUGCUGCUGAUGUUUCUAUGGUUACCUCAUGAACUAAAAUCUCUGAUAUCAGGAGUCUUAUUUCAGAAUCAAGUACAAUACGACUUUACUCCUUGAGUCUGAAGAAAAUUAAGAUCCAUCCAUCCAUCUAUUAUCUAUGCAGCUUUUCCUGUAAGGGUUGAAGGGGGCUGCUGGAGGAAAUCCCAGCUGAUACUGGGUGAGAGGUGGGAUACAACCUGGACCCGCAUUGUCCCAACAUACAGAGACAAACCAUCAUGCUCAGCCUCACAUCUUUGGGCAGUUUAGAGUCUCAAAUGAACCAACCCCAAAACUGUCUUUGUACUGAGGAAGAGUACAAAGUUAUGUCUGCUGGAAUUUGACCCUCCUUCCCCAUGACCCUCGAAGGAUAAUUGGUAUAGAUAAUGGAUAAAUAGAUGGAUAAAACAAUAGAAGGUCUCUGUAUUUUUCUCCAGAUGCUUUUUUAACUGUGUGAAUGGACUAGUUUUGGGUACAGCUUUCCUUUAGUUUCAUUAUGCUAUAGAAAAUCCACAAGAGACUGUUCAUAUUGAAUGGCCAUCGAAUGAUCUUUAAAGCCCCCAUUAGGAAUGUAUGUAUUUUGUAUACUGUA